CAUUUAUAAAUACAUAUAUAUUCCAAAUUAUCAAUGCAAUAUGUGUGUGAGUGGCUGAGUAAUUCAUGUGAGUUUUUUCCCUGGCAGUUUGCAAAUGGUGGACAAGACUGUCACAUCGCCAACAUCAGAUCAAAAUGUAUAGGGCCCGGACAGUUUUUAAUUCACUGACACCAUUGGCCCCACGUGUUUGUGGGGCUGAAAGAUUUGCAUCUUGGUUAGUACGCAGUAAUCCACUUGUGCGAACAACCCAAGUUGUUGUUAAUGGAACAACACAAAAACGUCAUGCAAGUAAAGCAGCAACUGAACCAUUUUUAAAUGGUUCAAGUAGUUCAUAUGUUGAAGAAAUGUACAAUUCAUGGCUUCAAGAUCCUCACAGUGUUCAUGUUUCUUGGGAUUCAUUUUUUCGUAACAGCACUGCUGGUGCUGGUCCAGGUUUAGCUUAUCAAGCACCACCAUCAUUAUCACCAAGUUACAAUCAAAUACCACUUGGUUCAUUGAUGCCACUUGGUGGUGGAACACAAGUUGGACAAAUGCCUGUUAAUGAAAAAAUUAUUGAUGAUCAUCUUGCUGUUCAAGCAAUCAUCAGAUCCUAUCAGAUUCGUGGUCAUCAUAUUGCUAAAUUGGAUCCACUUGGUAUCAACAGCGCUGAUCUUGAUGAUAGACAUCCACAAGAAUUGCUCUAUAAUCAUUACUCUUUUGAAAGGGGCCCUCGCACCACAUACGCUCAGGACCUUCAAUAUCGAGUAGCCAGCCUCACAAAAAAGGACACAGACAUGGAUCGAGUAUUCAAAUUACCAUCAACAACAUUUAUUGGAGGAAAAGAAAAAGCCUUGCCACUUCGUGAUAUUUUAAAACGUCUUGAAAAUGCAUACUGUGGUCAUAUUGGUGUUGAAUUUAUGUUUAUAAAUUCACUUGAACAAUGCAAUUGGAUACGUCAAAAAAUGGAAACACCAGGUGCAAUGGAAGUAACAAAUGAUGAAAAACGUUUAAUUCUUGCUCGUUUAACACGUGCAACUGGUUUUGAAGCUUUCUUAGCACGUAAAUGGUCAUCUGAAAAAAGAUUUGGUCUUGAAGGUUGUGAAAUAUUAAUACCAGCAAUGAAACAAGUUAUUGAUAAAUCAACUGAACUUGGUGUUGAAUCAAUUGUCAUGGGUAUGCCACAUCGUGGUCGUCUAAAUGUUCUUGCAAACGUUUGUCGUAAACCACUUAAUCAAAUAUUUACUCAAUUUGCUGCUCUUGAAGCUGCUGAUGAUGGUUCUGGUGAUGUCAAGUAUCAUUUGGGUACAUACAUUGAACGUUUAAAUCGUGUUACAAAUAAAAACAUUCGUCUUGCUGUUGUUGCUAAUCCAUCACAUCUUGAAGCUGUUGAUCCAAUUGUCCAGGGUAAAACUCGUGCCGAGCAAUUUUAUCGUGGAGACGGAGAAGGCAAAAAAGUCAUGUCUAUAUUAUUGCACGGUGAUGCAGCAUUUUGUGGACAAGGAGUUGUAUUUGAAACAAUGCAUUUAUCUGAUUUACCAGAUUAUACAACUCAUGGAACAAUUCAUAUUGUUGCUAAUAAUCAAAUUGGUUUUACAACAGAUCCACGUCAUUCACGUUCAUCACCAUAUUGUACAGAUGUUGCACGUGUUGUUAAUGCACCAAUAUUUCAUGUUAAUUCAGAUGAUCCAGAAGCUGUUAUGCAUGUUUGUAAAAUUGCUGCUGAAUGGCGUGCAACAUUCCAUAAAGAUGUUGUUAUUGAUAUUGUAUCAUAUCGUAGAAAUGGACACAAUGAAAUUGAUGAGCCAAUGUUUACUCAACCACUUAUGUAUCGUAAAAUUAAAAAUACACCACCAGCACUUGAUAUUUAUGCUAAUAAAUUAAUUACCGAUGGUGUUGUUACACCUGAGGAAGUUAAAGAUGUACGUGAAAAAUAUGAAAAAAUAUGUGAAGAAGCAUAUACAAAUGCACGUCAAGAAACUCAUAUUAAAUAUAAAGAUUGGCUUGAUUCACCAUGGUCAGGUUUCUUUGAAGGUAAAGAUCCAUUAAAAGCAUCACCAACUGGUAUUAAAGAAGAUACACUUGUACAUAUUGGUAAAAAAUUUUCAUCACCACCACCAAAUGCUGCUGAAUUUGUUGUACAUAAAGGUAUUGAAAGAAUAUUAAAAGCAAGAAUGGAAAUGGUUGAAUCAAGACAAGUUGAUUGGGCACUUGGUGAAGCAAUGGCAUUUGGUUCAUUAUUAAAAGAAGGUAUACACGUUAGAUUAUCUGGUCAAGAUGUUGAAAGAGGUACAUUUUCACAUAGACAUCAUGUAUUACAUCAUCAAACAGUUGAUAAAGCAACAUAUCGUCAAUUGUGUCAUCUUUAUCCAGAUCAAGCACCAUAUACUGUAUGUAAUAGUUCAUUAUCAGAAUUUGGUGUACUUGGUUUUGAGCUUGGUUAUUCAAUGACAAAUCCAAAUGCACUUGUUAUUUGGGAAGCACAAUUUGGUGAUUUUAAUAAUACAGCACAAUGUAUUAUUGAUCAAUUUAUAAGUAGUGGACAAGCUAAAUGGGUUAGACAAUCUGGUCUUGUUAUGUUACAACCACAUGGUCUUGAAGGUAUGGGACCAGAACAUUCAAGUGCACGUCUUGAAAGAUUUUUACAAAUGUCUGCUGAUGAUCCAGAUUAUUUCCCACCAGAAAGUGAAGAAUUUGCUGUUAGACAAUUACAUGAUAGUAAUUGGAUUGUUGCUAAUUGUAGUACACCAGCUAAUUUAUUCCAUAUAUUAAGAAGACAAAUUGCAUUACCAUUUAGAAAACCAUUAAUAUUAAUGACACCAAAAUCUCUACUUCGUCAUCCUGAAGCUAAAUCAAGCUUUGAUGUUAUGACAGAAAAUACACAAUUUUUAAGAGUUAUACCAGAAGAAGGUAUUGCUGCUAAUAAUCCAAAUGAUGUUAAAAGAAUACUAUUUUGUUCUGGUAAAGUUUAUUAUGAUUUAAAAAAAGCAAGAGGUGAAAGAUCAAUGGAUGAUAAAGUUGCUAUUACUAGAGUUGAACAAAUAUCACCAUUCCCAUAUGAUCUUAUUAGAAAAGAAACUGAAAAAUAUCCAAAUGCUGAACUUGUUUGGGCACAAGAAGAACAUAAAAAUCAAGGACCAUGGACAUAUGUACAGCCAAGAUUUGUAACAGCAUUACAUGGAACUCGUGAUGUCAGUUGUGCAAGUACGAGUGAUAGUAAUGGUGGGGGUUGGUUGAGUGGUUGGUUUUCAUCAUCAAAACCAAAACCAAUUGAACCAACAAUUAUUAACGACAAUAACAAUUCAGAUGUUAAAUCAAAAUCAAGAAAAGUCAGAUAUGUUGGAAGACCAACUGCAGCAUCACCAGCAACUGGUAGUAAAAUGCAACAUCUUAAAGAACUCAAACAAUUGUUUGAUGAUAGUUUCAAUAUUUAAAAUCACUUUUUUGUAGCACUAUGUAGAAAAAAAAAAAAACAAACGAGAAAACAAAACAAAACAAAAAUAGAAAAAGACUAAUUUUAUUUAUUAUUCUUUGACCAUAAAUGUUAUUAUGACUAUCUUGAUUAAUAAAAACAAUAAUUUUAUAAUUUUUUUAAAAAUGUCAAAAUGUUUUUAAAUGCUCACUUGAUAAUUUUUAAUUUCAAUUAAAUUUAUGAUUCAAAAAAAAAAUUAUUUAUCUUUUUUUUUGUGUCACUGGAUGACUUUUAUUUAUUGACUAAUAUUUAUCUAGUACAUUUCUCAAUCACUCAAUUAUGAAAGUUAAAAAUUUUUAUUAAUGAGCAAUUUUUAAAUUUUUUAAAAUGACAUUUAGAAAAUUUUUUAAAAACUACUGGUAGCAAAAAAUCAGGAUUUUUUGACUAGUCAAUGUGGUUUUGCAAUUAAAAAAAAGAAAUAAAAAAAAAUAUAUUAAUAUUGUAAUUAAUUAUUUUUUGUCAACAAAUCAAGUAUUAUUAUCAACCUGUGCUAAUUAUUAAAUGCAAAAGUACAUAAACAAAUGUGAUCAAAGAAUUUUAAAUUUCGAAAUUAACUUAAAUCAUCUUAUUUUUAAUUUUCACAAAAAAAAAAAAAAAAAUAGUAAAAACAUCAUACUGAUGAAUUAAUAAAUUGGCAAUUUUACUUUAUAAUUUUAAUUGUUUUAAAAUAUCGACGUGUUUAUUAUUUUAGUUAAUUUAAAAAAAUAUUUGUCGAUUUUUUUAGAUGUUAAAUGUAAUAAAAUGAAAAAAAAAAAAAAGAAAAUUUAUGUUCACAGUAUUUAAAAAGAUAAAGUUUGUUUUAAAUUAUUAGUUUUUAAAAAAAAAAAAAAUAUUAUUUAUUGGAUUGUGGUGAAAAUAGUUGGUAAUAUUAAUAAAUUUUAGCAGCAUCAAAAAAAUGAAAAAAAAAAAAAACAAAAAAAUACCACUUACCUGAAUAAAAUAAAUAAAUUUGUAAAAUUAUCAAAAAAUAGACAAACAAGAUCAUUUCUAUUUGAUAAUUUUGGACAAGUGCUUAUUGAUAAUUAAAUUAUAAAUAAAAAGUUGAAAUAAAAUUUAAAUUAUUUUAUUUAUUUUGUCAAAUAUAAAAACUCCAAUCCUAAUACACAACAAUAGUCAAGUUUUUUUUUUUUCUUUAAUACAAUUUCGAUUGUUUAAUUACUAAAAUUAAAUAGAAAAAAAAAGUACAUUAUAAUUUAUUACUAAAUCUUUAUUAAUCUCAUUUUUUAAAUUUUGUUCUUGCUUAUUAAGUAGCUUGGAUUAUAAUAAUUAUCAUUAUUGUUAAUUAAGUUAUUCAUUA